UUCAUUUUUCUUUUUCUAUCCAUCUAUUUUACACUCUCACUCCACGCCUCACUCAAAAAAGAUAACAAUCUUACACUCUCACCAGCUGACAGAGAUAGAGAGAGAAAGAGAAACAGUAUCUGUGUUUUCCUUUCCAAGAUAGCUAGAGCGAAAGUGAAAAAAAAAAGUUUUUUAUUUUUUCAUAUACUCGAAGAGAAGGGAAAAUGUUUUGAUUCUUUUAGUUUUUCAGAGCUUGUUUUGUGUUUCUGGGUUUGAGUCUCUGGAGUUGUCGAAAAUUGGCGUAUUUUGGUGAGAUCGGGGUGUGGGUGUAGUGUGGCUGGUGGUAAUGGCGGAGAUUUGAGAGUUAGGGUUUGAGUUCAUUUGAGUUUGUAUUUAUAGUGGUGGUGGCGGAAGAGUGCUGGGGUGUUUUUGUGAUGGUGUAUUGGUGUGGGAGGUCUUGUUUGGAUCUGAAGUUAUUGAGUACAUAGGUUGAUGGAGAGAAAGUUGAUGGAUUUGAGUUUCAUUUGUUGGAUAUUGUUGAUUCAUCCACUAUGCCUGAUUUCUGCUAACACGGAAGGAGAUGCUUUGCAUAGUCUGAGGACUAAUUUACAGGACCCUAACAAUGUUUUGCAAAGUUGGGAUCCUACACUAGUCAAUCCAUGUACAUGGUUUCAUGUGACAUGCAACAAUGAUAAUAGUGUUAUCAGAGUUGAUCUGGGGAAUGCUGCUUUGUCUGGUCAACUUGUUCCACAGCUUGGUCAGCUCAAGAAUUUGCAGUAUUUGGAACUUUACAGCAAUAACAUUACUGGCCCUAUCCCAAGUGACCUGGGGAAUCUUACUAACCUGGUGAGCUUGGAUCUGUACCUAAACCGUUUCACUGGCCCAAUCCCAGAUUCAUUGGGCAAGUUGUCAAAAUUGCGUUUCCUCCGGCUUAACAACAACAGCUUGUCAGGUCCUAUUCCCAUGUCGCUGACUAAUAUUACUGCUCUCCAAGUUCUGGAUUUGUCUAAUAAUCAUCUAUCGGGAGUGGUUCCCGAUAAUGGCUCCUUCUCAUUAUUCACUCCUAUCAGUUUUGCAAAUAACUUGGAUCUAUGUGGACCCGUUACUGGGCACCCCUGUCCUGGCUCUCCUCCAUUUUCUCCUCCUCCUCCUUUUGUUCCUCCACCUCCAAUUUCUGCCCCAGGAGGUAAUAGUGCCACUGGAGCAAUAGCUGGAGGAGUUGCUGCUGGUGCUGCUCUAUUGUUUGCUGCACCUGCAAUUGCAUUUGCCUGGUGGCGUAGAAGGAAACCACAAGAAUUUUUCUUUGAUGUGCCUGCUGAAGAGGAUCCUGAAGUUCAUCUAGGACAGCUUAAAAGGUUCUCUCUACGAGAACUGCAAGUUGCAACAGAUACUUUCAGCAAUAAGAACAUUCUCGGGAGGGGAGGAUUUGGUAAGGUGUACAAAGGACGGUUGGCUGAUGGUUCAUUAGUGGCUGUGAAACGGUUGAAAGAGGAACGCACACCUGGUGGGGAGCUUCAGUUUCAGACCGAAGUAGAGAUGAUUAGCAUGGCUGUGCAUAGAAAUCUCCUUCGACUACGUGGGUUUUGUAUGACACCAACAGAAAGGCUACUUGUUUAUCCCUACAUGGCUAACGGAAGUGUUGCCUCAUGCUUAAGAGAGCGUCCUCCACAUCAAGAACCCCUGGAUUGGCCAACUAGGAAAAGAAUAGCUUUGGGAUCUGCAAGGGGUCUUUCAUAUUUGCAUGAUCACUGUGAUCCAAAGAUUAUUCAUCGCGAUGUGAAAGCUGCAAACAUAUUGCUGGAUGAAGAGUUUGAGGCUGUUGUAGGGGACUUUGGAUUGGCCAAACUCAUGGAUUACAAGGACACCCAUGUGACAACUGCUGUAAGGGGCACAAUUGGGCACAUAGCUCCUGAGUACCUAUCCACUGGUAAAUCUUCAGAGAAAACCGAUGUUUUUGGUUAUGGUAUCAUGCUUCUGGAGCUGAUCACUGGACAGAGAGCUUUUGACCUUGCUCGGCUUGCAAAUGACGACGAUGUUAUGCUGCUUGAUUGGGUAAAAGGACUCCUGAAGGAGAAAAAGCUUGAAAUGUUGGUUGAUCCUGAUCUACAAAACAAUUACAUAGAAGCUGAGGUAGAACAAUUAAUCCAGGUUGCACUGCUCUGCACACAAGGUUCCCCUAUGGACCGACCAAAGAUGUCAGAAGUGGUGAGAAUGCUUGAAGGUGAUGGGUUGGCAGAGAGAUGGGAUGAGUGGCAAAAGGUGGAAGUUCUCCGGCAGGAGGUGGAGCUGGCCCCUCAUCCCAAUUCUGAUUGGAUUGUCGACUCGACUGAAAAUCUGCAUGCAGUUGAGUUAUCUGGUCCAAGGUGACCUUGGCACAGUAGUAAAUUAAGAAGAAAAAAAAAGAAAAGAAUGGAUUUAUUUAUGACUUGUUUUUUAGCUAUAAGUUUUCUUUCCAUUUUCCUUUUUGGUUCCUUCAAGUUCCAUAUCCUCUUGAUUAAUCUCAUGUAAGUCCGCUGCAUUAUAUUCAUUUACAUUUGUGCAUAGGGGUCGCUUUGUCAAGUUGCAAUUUGUAUCAUCUGCUGUAUUUGAUGAAGUGAUUUUUACUUAGAUGAAACAAUGGCCACUUAAUCUUUUUGUA